CAAUCCCACGUUCUCCCCAUGGCCGCAACCAUAGCACGAUAAACGGUAAUUUUGGCCAUUAGGGUCGUAGCCUACAUUACAUGCUUCAAACCAUGACUCGACACAGUAGUUGCUACAAACCUGAUCGAUGUAAUUUUAUCUCCGGAUUGAAAACCAAAUCAAGCAGCCGUCGUAAACGCUUGAUCUCCUCCUUUGAACUGGAAAUUUCGUCCUGGUAUUCUGUUAUCGUUUUUUCUACUUCUACGUAUAUCUCCACAGCAACCGCGGUUAGUCGCUUGGUAAGAAACCCAUUCAACAACUGUAGUUUGGACAUUUUUGCAAGACCUAAUGUAAAAGACUUGACCACUUCUAGCUAGUAGACUGGCUACGUACGGAGAAAAAAAAACCUCUCAGACAAAAUGUACCCAAGACCACGUGACCUCAACCAUGAACAUCGUCAUGUGAUCAAAAUAGGAAGUGGCGUUAGUCUUUUCGUCUGAUUCAAAGGUGCUAGGUUGGGUGGAAGCGCCCGAUAUAUUUGAUUGUUAACCUUCAAGGUUUCCCCAUGAAAAGACGAAAUCAUUUGUGUUUAAUAGUGACGACCAUGGGGACACUUUUUCUGCUUAUGGUGGUAUUAUAUGGUUCAAUAAAUUCACAGCAAUCGGAAACAUCUGGCCUAAAACCAGAUUACAGACUUCUUGGACGACCACUGUACAAAUUGGAUAUCAACUGGCCCAAAUAUCCCGAGCUUUUCAGCGGCGAGGUAUUUGGAGUGGCUGUCAACCAGUAUGCCGGUGUGGUAUAUGUUGCACAGAGAGGUGAGACGGUUCCAAAGGUGCUGGUGUUCACAACAGACGGAGAGUUCCUACAGGCCUGGAACACGAGCACCCUGGAGAUGCCCCAUGGGAUAUUUUUAGCCGACGCCGCCACCAACCCCACCGUGUGGGUCACGGACGUAGGAAACGGCCCGUAUGGUCACUCCAUUAAGCAGUACUCUCCCUCGGGCAAGCUGCUCCAGGUCCUGGGCUCAAUGGGGGAAGCCGGCUCUGGGGUCAACCCGCUCCAGUUUGACCAGCCCGCUGAAAUCUUUGUCCACAGCUCUGGGGAGAUCUACAUAGUGGACGGGGACGGAGGGAUUAACAACCGCCUCAUCAAACUGUCCAGAGACCUGGAAGUGCAAUGGAUGCAUGGAGAGAAGGGCCAGGGCCUUGCACAGUUCUACAUCCCCCAUAGUGUGGCAGUAGAUAACUAUCAAAGGGUGUGGGUUGCUGACAGAGGAAACAAGCGAAUCCAGGUGUUUAAUUCUGUGACUGGAGACUGGCUUGGAACAUGGGGAAGCUGUUUCAAUGAGGAUGCACCCUACUCUGUGAGGUUGACACCAGACCAGAAGUACUUUGUGGUGGUGCAGCUGAACACCAAUCAGAUCUCCCUACUGGAGGCUCCACCUGUGGGUGUGAUUGGUCAGUGCCAGGUGGUCAGUGUCAUCCAAUUGGCUGAAGACGUCAAGCCCCACCUAGUGGACCUGGACCUGAAGACGGGGGCUCUGUAUGUGGCUGAGAUUGGUGCACAGCAGGCUCAGAAGUUUACCCCAUUCAGCCUGGGUACUGGCUUCCUGCAGGAUGGUUGAUGCACUCUAUUAUAGGCCGUGUUCCAGGCGGACAACAUUGCAGACACAUGACAGAUCUCAGAACGCCUGGAUUGGUGUUUAACAUAUCAGUUAACCACAUCAUAUGAAAGCAAUCUGAUGCCCGACUGUGCAGUCUAUGAUCUGGGCACAGAACCACUGGCUGAUGCAGUGCAAUGUCUGCAAUGUAGUUGGUCUGGACCACGACUAUAAUCUUUUGAUGAGAAGUUAACAUGUAUAUUUAAAUAGAUUCAAAUGAGCCAGGCCGCUUAUUGGACAAAUCAAAGAUGCCAUUUUCUCCCCAUACUGCUCAUUUGAAUAAUUAUUUACCCCAGGCUCACUAAGGUAUAAAGUCCUUUGUAUGUAACGUGCUACGCCAAUCAGGAACUCUUAGCCAGCUCUAUGUUUACUGUUUAGUUCUUAUGGAGGUAUAGAAAAGUAUUGCAUGUCCAACUAACCAAUCUCACUGGUCACUUACGUUAGCGGCUUGAUGUUAACCAAACCUCAUGAUCCUAUUACUUAAUUGCAUGAAAGAAAUGUUGUAAGAACCAUAAUUUGAAAUUCUUUAAGGCAGCUAUGUUUUAAAAGCGUCAAAGUGACUUGUGCUGUAUGAGGUACUACUACUAUCAAGUGAGAAACUUGUUUUCUUACUUGCAGUAUGUUUGAUCACAGUAAUAUGACCAGUGCUAUUCAGAUUAGAUUUGAAAGGGUUCGGUGUCAUCCGCUAGUGUCGUGAUAUAUGAAAUGUGUGGUUUAGCAUUGAAAGUGUAUAACAUAAGCUUUCAAUGCAAAGCAUAAUAUGGUUUCAUUGGGAUUACAAGUCCUGUAUUUUUGUGUGUUUUUACCCUGGGGAACAAAUAUUUUAUGGGGAAAUGUUUACAUUGCUUGCUCCUGAAUAUUGUUUAUGGUCAUAUGCAUAUUUUGUUAAAUUUGAUUGUAUGAAUAUACUGUGAUUUGUUUCUGCUGCUUUUUAUUAGUGCCAUAUCUUAGUCAUGCUCUGCAUCAUUGAAUGUACAUUGAAUUUUCCAUUUUUAUGUUGCUUGUUAUUCUUUAAUUUUCAAGGGUAAAGAUUGACAGAAAUAAGAUCUAAAUAAACUUUUUGAAAACCAA